AUGCCUUCAAUGAAAAAGAAAUAUCCUUGUAAAAUAACUUUCUACGGAAGAAAAAUUAACCGAGUUAUCAUUAACCCUCACGCCCAAAAACACCAAGAACAUGGUGGCAAUCUAGUUUUGGAUGAAAGUGCUAGCGUUUUAGAUAAAACCAAAUAUGAACUUUGCCAAAUAAUUCUUGCUUGCCAACAAGAUAAUAAAUUUACUAUUGCUAAAAUUGCUGAGAGAAUUCAGUUAAAAGAAGCUGGUCUUACUUAUGUCGAAGCUAAACUAUUAGUUGAAAAUGGCUUAAGCUAUAAUGAUGAUGACUUCGCCACUUACUUAAAAAAAGAUGAAUGGAUAAAUGCUGGCUUAGGGUUUCAUAGUGGAUAUUAUUGUGCUUAUUUAAGAGAUAUUAAACAAGUAGAUCCUGAAUGA